AUGACAAGCGAAUAUGAAAAGAAACGUUUAGAAAAUAUUGAAGCAAAUAAACGAAUAUUACGUGAACUAGGUUUAGAAAGGCCACCACCUGUUUUACCAAUUGUGGCAAAUAAGAAAAAAACCGUUAAAACUAACAAAAAUAAACAUAAACAUAAAUAUGUUAGUGAGAACGAAGAUACUAAUAAACCUAAUAAGCGGAGAUUAAGACAAAAAGGCGAUGAUGUGAUUUCACGUGAUGAAAAAGAUUCUAGAGUAAGAAGAUCAUCCCGAUUAGCUAAAUUGCCAGUUAAAGUUAUUGCGGAAGUAUCAUUUGACUUUGACGAAACUUAUAGAUCCAAAAAUGCGGAAUGGAGGAAAAAUCGUCCUGAUCCAAAGCAGUUUGGUGAAAUUACUGGUGUUCAAGUUGGAGCUUGGUGGCCAACUCGCAUGGAAUGUAGUCAUCACGGUGUUCAUGCACCGACCGUUGCAGGAAUUGCGUUUGUUGAAGAUGAAGGAGCUUAUAGCGUUGCUUUAUCAGGAGGAUAUGAAGACGAUGUCGAUUGGGGAGAAGCGUUCACAUAUACUGGUUCUGGGGGACGAGAUUUGAAAGGAACGAAACAGAGACCAAAAAAUUUGAGGACCGCGCCCCAGACUAGAGAUCAAGUUUUGGCUGCUGGUAAUAAGGCCUUAAAGAUUUCGUGUGAAACUAGUAAACCCGUAAGAGUAAUUAGAGGUUAUAAUUUGAAUAACGAAUACUCUCCUGAAGAAGGAUAUCGAUAUGAUGGAUUAUAUACCGUUGAGAAAUGGUGGGAAGAAAUUGGUUUGGCAGGUUUUAGAGUUUACAAGUAUGCUUUUAAAAGAAUACCAGGUCAACUUCCAUUAGGAACUUGUGAAAAAAGUUGGUCUGAUAGUGAAGUCGAAGAUAAUGAUGAUUGA